AUGAAACUACAUCUUUUAGGGUGGGAUAUCAUAUGCUCUCCUAAAUCUGAAGGAGGCCUUGGUUUCAAGAAAGCUGAAUUCAAUAAUCUUGCUAUGUUAGCUAGAAAUGCUUGGAUGAUUAUUGAAAAUCCUAACUGCCUGUUAGCUACUGUUCUUAAAUCUAGAUAUUUCCCUAGAACUGAUUUCUUAAAUGCUAAAUGCCCCAGUAACUGUUCUUGGACUUGGAAAUUAAACACCCACUUUGAUGAUGCUUCUGUUGAGAAGAUUAUCACCAUUCCCUUAAGCCACAUUUGCACUCCUGAUAUGAGGGCUUGGGAACUUUCAAAGAAUGGUAGAUUUACCUAUAAAUCUGCUUACUUGGGACUUCGAGGGCUAAGGCCUUCCCAGUGUAGUGCUUUUUGGAAGCGCAUUUGGAAAAUUAGAGUUCCUUAUAAAAUUCAAGUCUUUACCUGGAAAGCCACCAUGAAUGCUUUACCUGCUAGAAUUAUUUUAAAUACUAGAAUGCAUAUGCUUUCUGUUGAUUGUACUAGAUGUAAUGACCCUCAUGAAUCUAUUCUGCAUGCUUUGGUUCUCCGCCCUUUUGCUAGUCGUGUUUGGUUCCUUUCUUCUUUCUGUGUUAAUACUCAGGCUUUCAGUAAUAAAUCUUUUAUUGAUUGGAUGAUGUUUUGGCUAGUUGACCUUGUUUCUGAACUCCCUGAUGGAGAUCAGUGCUUCUUUGUUGCUAUUCUUUGGUCAAUCUGGCAGAGUAGGAAAAACCCGAUUUUUCAAAAUGUAAAAGAAAACGACUCUGCUGUCCUGAUGAGUUGA